AUGCUACUACGACAAUUACCUCGGUUCGGUCGUUCAAUAUGCAGAGAACUGCACAAUGGUCCUCAGAUAUCAGACCCGUCGAAAGCCCUCAGUAUCAGUAUGGCGCAUCCCAAAGACCCCGCCGCUGGGUACACACCAAAUCCGACCCCGCCCCCACCUUCAACCCUGCCUCCUGCAUCGUCCUCCGGUACAGCGCCGCCGGACGCUGGCAGUGCAACCUCGACGACGACUCCCGAGAUUUCCGUCCCAUCAACCAUCCCCGCUACUACAGUGAACUCGGGAUCGACUUCCGCAUCCACCAGCGCGUUACCUGUUCCCUCGACAUACCAGCCCCAUUCACAGCCCCCAUUUGAUACGCAUCGGUUCUUCUCUGCUCUGGAGAAGACCUUCCCGACACAAACCGCACACAGUCUGAUGCGCGCGACACGUGCUUUACUCGUGGAUCGUGUCGGUCGCGUGCGGAGAGACGCACUGACGACGAAGGACCUGGAGAAUCAAGCCUACCUUUUCCGUGCAGCGCUAUCCGAGUUACGGGCAGAGACUACGAUGAGUUCUAGGAAUGAAUAUGCUGCCAUCAGUACAGCUACGGCUGCACUAAGACGGGAAGUCGACCAUUUGGAUGUCAAGAUGAAGGAGGACGUAGGAACCUUGAAGCAUGAGAUUCAAAUGGAACUUGAUACCAGAAAGAACGAAGUCAAGGCCGAGUUCAAGUCACAGGACAUUGCGAUAGAGGAACUACUCAACAAAGCCAUAGUCAACGUAUCCGACCUAAGAACAGACGUAGAAGAGAUCAAAUGGGAGAACAUGCGCAAAUCUGUCUUGGCCUUGUCGGCAUUCCUUGUCGUUAUAAUCAUGAGCAUGGAACUAUGGCCCAAACCUGCGAAGAGAUCGCCUGAGCCUCAGCCACCCUCGCUACCUCCACCCCUCCCACUUCCUUCUAAUCCGUCAUCAUUUGGUGAUUCGGACAGAGAUGCGUUCCGUUGA